GUUGAAGGAUAUGUGGUUCAAGCUAAACCGCACUGGGAAGAAACUGGAAGAUAUCGUCAGACGAGUGCAUCAUAGGUCGACUCGGGACGCGAGGAGAAUAGCAAUACCAACGCCCGAGCUUCACAAAACAGCCAACUUUGAUUCUCAUCGGAGGUUCAGAGUUGUACGGUCGACGUUCAGAGAGGUUGACCCGGUGUGGAAGCAAUUGGUCGGGGAGAAGCCUCUCGAUACGUUCGGGUUGACCAGACGGCAAUCUGGAGCUAGUAGAAGGCUCAAGGCGUUACUUGAGAAGGAGAGGACGGUUGACGAUAUUGAAGUGUUGGAG